AUGACUUCCUUGAAAGAAGAAAUGACGGAGCAGGCGACGACUUUCAGCGUGGAAGAAGCGGCCCUAUAUGACCGACAGAUGCGUCUAUGGGGUGUUGAAGCUCAAAAGCGUCUUCAAAACUCACACGUAUUAAUAAGCGGACUCUCGGCUUUAGGUUCUGAACUCGUCAAGAAUCUUGUUUUGGCGGGAAUCAAUGUGACGCUACAUGACCUUAAAAUUACAACGCACGCAGCUGCAUCCAUACAGUUUUUAUUGUCUGAUGACGAUGUCGGAAAAAAUCGCGCUGAGGCCUGUCUGCCUCGUGUACAAGAGCUAAACCCACUGGCAAAAGUUCUGUGCGAGACAAAGGCGCUAGAAGAUUAUUCUGAUGACUAUUUCAAGCAAUUUACAGUCGUGUGUCUGAUAGGAGCUGCGCAAAGUACCGAGUUGAGACUGGAUGUGCUCUGUCGAUCGUUAGGAAUAGCUUUUUAUGCUGCCAGGACCUUUGGGUUUGAUGGUAUUGUGUUUGCUGAUCUGGGCAACUACACGUUCCGCCGUGAUGCCAUAGGGACCGAUGUAGCCACAAGUGAUCCAAUACCAGUCACAUUUCCGACAUUGGAACAGGCCCAAAAGAUCAAGUGGAGCUCCUUACAAAGUGCCCGGAAGCGUGCGCCACAAUUACCAAAAGUUUUUGUCAAAAAUCAAUUGUUGCAGGGAUACAAGAGCGUCAAAGGCAUUCAGAAGAUUACUGAGGAUCUUGUUGUAGACUUUAUUCGGUAUGCGAGAGAGGAGUUUGAAAAGAACGGACUGGGGGACGAUUAUAUGACGUUGGAUGAGCUGCAACAAUUGUUGCGUGCUGCUGACAUCGAUCUUGUACCAGUCUGCGCGAUUGUGGCUGGAAUUCUUGGUCAAGAGGUCAUUAAGGCCAUUUCGCAAAAGGACGAGCCAAUCUGCAACUAUUUUUGUUUUGACGGGGUCUCGGGUAUCGUGAGAAAGAUUGGGUAG